UGUAAUUACUGUUUGGCAGGGUGCUGAGGUGCUGACAGUCCCCGUCUGACACAUUUCUUCCCGGCUCCUCCAGUCACCACACGUCGCCUCUGCUGGAGCCAGGGCCGUGGGCAGCCCCCCGCAGCAGGUGCCCCCCGCCCCGUGUGGAAGCGAGAGCCCGGCCUCCCCUCCUGCCAACCCCUGGGCCUUGCUAACCCAGGUGCCCUACCCGCCCGUCCGGGACCCUGCUGCACCCGGGAGGCUGCGUGGGGCUGGGACACCCAGAGGAGGCGGCCCCGGCCCGGAGGGAGCCAUGCGGUGUCCUCCUCGCUGAGGCCGGGCCCGCCCCACCGGGGCCCGCUCUGGACGGGGCGAUGACGACGUCGGAGGAGCCGAGCCCAGCCCAGCCUGGCGGGACGAGUGAGCUGAGGGUGAUGUUGGACUCAGUGACACACAGUACCUUCCUGCCCAACACGUCCUUCUGUGACCCCCUGAUGUCGUGGACUGAUCUGUUCAGCAAUGAAGAGUAUUACCCUGCAUUUGAGCAUCAGACAGCCUGUGACUCCUACUGGACGUCCGUCCACCCCGAGUACUGGACCAAACGCCACGUCUGGGAAUGGCUCCAGUUCUGCUGCGACCAGUACAAGCUGGAUGCCAACUGCAUCUCUUUCUGCCACUUCAACGUCAGCGGCCUGCAGCUGUGCAGCAUGACGCAGGAGGAGUUCGUCGAGGCGGCCGGCAUCUGCGGGGAGUACCUCUACUUCAUCCUCCAGAACAUCCGCUCGCAAGGUUACUCCUUCUUCACCGACACCGAGGAGACCAAGGCUGCCAUCAAAGACUAUGCUGAUUCUAAUUGCUUGAAAACAAGUGGCAUCAAAAGCCAAGACUGUCACAGUCAGAGUCGAACGAGCCUCCAAAGUUCUCAUCUAUGGGAAUUUGUGCGAGACCUGCUUCUAUCUCCCGAAGAAAACUGUGGCAUCCUGGAAUGGGAAGAUAGGGAACAAGGUAUUUUUCGGGUGGUAAAAUCAGAAGCCCUGGCAAAGAUGUGGGGACAAAGGAAGAAAAAUGACAGAAUGACGUAUGAAAAGUUGAGCAGAGCCCUGAGGUACUACUACAAAACAGGAAUUUUGGAGCGGGUCGACCGAAGGCUAGUGUACAAAUUUGGAAAAAAUGCACACGGGUGGCAGGAAGACAAGCUAUGAUCUGCUCCAGCAUCGAGCUCCUCUUACAGACGUCUUGUCUUCUACGCCAUCGGAUUGCAAUAGACAUUUGAAAGUCUUUUUUUGCUGUUGUUGUUAACCUGCAAGUGUGCUGAUAAAGUUUCUCCACCUCUCAGCUUC